AUGGCCACCGACCAAGAAACCCAUUCUGUUGCUGAAAAGUUGACUUUUACACAAGACAUGACACACCAGCCAGAAAAGAUCCCAUGGGACCUCUUGGUCUCUCAUCUACGCUGGAUCUCCAAUGAUUGCAAGUGCAAAGUAACAAAUUUAUAUCCUGACAUCAACGAUCCAAAAGAGACUCGCGCCGAAAAUAUCAGGUUGUUCUGCCGGCUAUUCGCAGAGGCUAUCAAAGAAGCGUCGCAAAGGGAACGCACGAAAUACUCUAAGAGCUACCCCUGCCCUGAUCCAGACGAUGUUCUUAUCACAGAUGAGAUGCUUCGAAAGAUUGAGCCAGAUGUGAGGUCCUGGAAAGCAUCGGCGGGACGAUGGGAGACGUGGGUAUGCGCAGACCAUAAUAGAGCAGCAGAUCACUGCUCCACAGUGCCUCCUAGCAUGAGGAAGGCCAAGGCAUUUUUUCGUUUCCAUGAGUACAACGACUGUCACAAGUUCGACGAAGUCAAUGGGAAAGGCUUCUUUAACCUUGAAGUUGUCAAGACGUUGAUUCUGCAUGGGGAGAUGGAGCCAAUUCUCCGCGCAUGUGCCCAUGAGCGAGUGGGAUUAGCUUCUUGGCAGAAUAUGGCGGAGUGUACGUGCAAUUUUGAAACGAUGGGAUGGGAUGUCUUAUAUCAGGAAGCGUUACAUGUUUAUCUUUGCCUAAAUGUGGCAUACUGCUUCCCCGAGACGUGGGAUUCAAAAGCAGGCCGAUCUGACCAGACUGACUACCGCCAGACCAAGUUUUACCAACAAAUGCUCCGGGAAUCAACGGCUCCUGUGUAUUCAGAAGCUGUUUUUCAAUACUUUCGCCAUUUCUUCGGCAUUGAUCCGGAUCAGUUUGACGAUGAUAUCCCUAUGAAGCCAGACGAGAAACACGGGUUCACCGAAGAGGAAUUGGCUCGGAGGUUCGGCCAAACUUCUCUGGAAAACCCCUAUGGACUAAUGCAAAUUAAUGAGUUUCUAUUUUUUGAAAAUGCAUCAAUUCAGUACCAGCCGCACUUUCUCGACAUAAUUUCUGUACAGGAGAUUCUUUCCAAUAAAGGUCAUCUUCCUGGAGAGCUUGUUCUGAAGAUCAUGGAUUUUGCGGAUUACGAACCAAAGAGAAUGCUGCCAGUACCACACGAUCCCCUUCAUCCCGCUAACCAGGAAAAGCUGGCGUCAUUCCUAGAAAAUUGCUGGCAGAUCCUUGUUCGUUGCGAUAUGAUGGCUAAAGCUCUUGAUAUAGAAAUUUCUUGGGAGACUUUAAUCUGCUACACCGUAUUGAAUUACUGGGACCGGCACAGAUGUUGCGACAAUCUUUUGUAUAGCCUGGAAUUAAAAUAG